AUGGACUGGGAACAACAAGUGGCCAAGUUCCAAACGCUCGACUUCCAUCCCUACCAGUUUCACCCCCUCGCCGAAUGCCUCGAGAGCCACACGAUCUGCCAGAGAGUCGUCGUCGACCACGAGAACAGCCUGCCCAAGCGGCUGCUCCACCUGGACAGACCCACAGGGCAUGAUUUCCCCGCAAAGCUCGUGUUCACCGAGGACAUCAAGCAGAAGCCGGUACGCUACGUCGCCCUGAGCCAUUGCUGGUCGCACCUGUCGGACGCGGAAAAGUUCGCCAUAAAAACGACACCUGACAACCAAGAUCUUCGUGCCCGGAAGGUCGACGUCGGGACUUUUCCGCGUAACUACCAGGCUGUCAUGGUCAUGUGUCGAAGUUUCGGCUUUGAGUACUUCUGGAUGGAUUCGAUAUGUAUCUUACAGGACGACGACCAAGAAUGGAAAGAAGAAUCCGUCCGCAUGAGGCAUGUGUACGGUGCAGCGACCCUGACCAUUGCCCUGAACACGUCGCAAGAUAUUUUUUCCAUGGACAGGAGCAAGAAGAUCACACCCGAGUGGGAGGCGAUCAGACAACAGUGCGCUGGCACACCCAUGAAGAACCAUGUGUUCAUGAAGCGCGUUCUCGAGGGCGGCAUACUGGGAACCCGAGCAUGGUGCUUUCAAGAGCGUCACUUGUCGCCGAGGCUUUUCCACAUCCUGGACAACGGCGUCGUCUUCUGCGAGUGUGCCGAAGUCUCGGUCUUCACCAACGCACCGAAUUUGCUCGGCUUCCGUACAAAUAAGCCGCAGGGGCAAAAGCUGGCGAUCACCCAACGGCUCGUGGAGCUCAUAAACGGGUCUAAGACCGGCUUGAUGGUGCGCAUGGUGUAUUGGCAUUACUAUCUGUUGGAAUACCAGCGCAGGGCACUAUUCGACAACACAGACAACUUGACAGCCCUGGCAGGCAUUGCAGAGUCGAUGCAGUUGCACGGAGGCUGGACCUAUCUGUCUGGACUCUGGAAAGGAGACUUGCCCCGAGGGAUGUUAUGGGAAAGCACCGGUUUCGGGCGCUUGCCGUCCGAAACACACAAACGAUUUAGCCACUACCAUGCGCCAACAUGGUGCUGGAGCUCAGUCAAUGGAUCAACCAGAACUGUCCCAGAGUUGGUGGACGAGAAGGAGGCCCAGGUUUCGGACGUCUAUGAAAGGGACAAACAGGAACCUGAACGGGACCACUACGUACACUCUUCCCUGGUCUCUGACAUAUAUAUCACGGGAACAUCCACGGAACUGAACGUCAGCCCCUUGCCGAAGGGCUCUGCACUCGAACUUAAAGGCCUACUGAUCUCUGGUCGGUGUGGUCGGCGGCGUGAUGACCUAGGCGUCCAGCGCGAGUUUACCGCCUCUGACAAAGAGUGGUGGCAUGACAAUGGAACCUAUAUAAAGGGGAGUAUCACAUUCGACGUGCCUUCAGAGGCUCCUGGCCCUCUCUGGUGCCUUCUGUUGGUAAAAGCCCCAAACUUUGAUCCCGGGUUGCGGCGGGCUAGGGCCUGGACAACCUGCUUGGGAAUCGGCCUCGUGAAAACGAACUCCUCGAGAGCUCGGCCCGGUGGAAUGCGGAUGGGGCACCUUGGGGACGAAGGAAAAGAAGAGGAGGAAGAUGUGACGGAUAGCGUCCGCAGGGUGGAUUCGAUGCGAAUGGGAAGCCUUCAGGAGGACGAAGAACAAGCGAUCCAUACAUUUCGCAGGGUGGGUUUGAUGCGGUUGACCAUUACGAACGCCAGAUGGGAAGAACUCUUAUCACACUCACAGCUGCUCCGUAUAAUAUAA